GGCCAUGACUAUCAACACCCUCCACCAGGGUGGCAGCUACAAAGUCCAGAUGCCAUGUCUGAGCAAGAUGGAGCGUGUGAUUGUGGGCAUGCAAGACCCAGACAUGGGUGUUAAGAUGCGGAAUCAACGCCUGCUCAUCACAGUGAUUCCCCAUGCCAUGACAGGCAGUGACAUUGUGGAGUGGCUCAUCCAGAAAUUCUCUAUCUCAGAGGAAGAGUCUCUCCACCUGGGGAAUCUCAUUGUGAAACAUGGCUACAUCUAUCCCCUGAAGGACCCUCGAUGCCUUGUGCUCCGAGCAGAUGAUUCCCCUUACAGAUUCCAGACACCCUAUUUCUGGAUGAGCACUAAGUGGCCAGCUGCUGAACUGGAUUAUGCUAUCUAUUUGGCCAAGAAGAAUAUACGGAAACAAGGGGACCUGAUAGAACAUGAAAAGGAUUACUAUAACCAGCUGCAUAGGAAGAUCAAUCACACAUGGGACUUUGUAGUGAUGCAGGCCCGGGAGCAGCUGAGAGCAGCCAAGCAGCGCCGGAAAGGGGACAGAAUUGUCACUGAGUGCCAGGAGCAGACUUACUGGCUGGUGAAUCGGCCCCCGCCAGGAGCCCUGAAUGUGAUGGAGCAGGGACCUGAGCGGGGUAACUGCUAUACCACCAGGGUACAGAUGACCAAAAAUAUGGAUUUUUAUAAGCGAGAGAUCGAGUACUGUAAGAAAGCGAUGAGUAGGACUAGGGUGAAGUCUUCUAUCUGCCUGGAAGCAUAUCUUAAGUUCAAUGACCAGUACAUGCCCCAUGACCCCAUCAUGUCUGGCUGCCUGCCCAGUAAUCCUUGGAUCACUGAUGAUACUGACUACUGGUCAAUGAAUGCACCCACGGUGACGACACCUACUAAGUUACGGGUUGAGCGUUGGGCCUUUAACUUCGGAGAGCUCCUGGGGGAUCCUCUGGGCCAUAUACAGUUCAUGGAGUUCCUCAAGAAAGAGUUCAGUGCUGAGAACCUGAGCUUCUGGGAAGCAUGUGAGGACCUGAGAUAUGGGGAACAGUCCAAGAUUGCUGAGAGUGUGGACUCUGUCUACCAACAGUUUCUUGCCCCUGGGGCCACACGCUGGGUCAACAUUGACAGCAAGACUAUGGAGAAGACACUUGAAGGGAUCCGCAGACCCCAUCGUUACGUCAUGGAUGAUGCCCAGAUGCAUAUCUACAUGCUUAUGAAAAAGGACUCCUAUCCCAGGUUCUUAAAGUCAGACAUGUAUAAGACACUCCUGGCAGAGGCCGUGAUUCCACCUGAGACCAAGAAACGAGUGUUUCCAUUCAUGAGGAAGCAGCGCCAUUCCAGCCCUAGCCCGGCCCUCCUCCUGCCCUCAGAACAAGAGCCCAAAGGGGAGGACAAGAGCAAGUCCCUGGCUUCUGGCACCUCUACUGGGGAAGGGGAAGGCUAGGCAAGGUAGUCCUCCCUUCCCCUGUUGCCACUUCUCCAUCUCCUCUGGUUGACAGCCUGGAGGAUGUAAUUGGAGAGGGGAGGGGUUGGUGGUGCUAGGUGUGGGGAAGGAGACAGAGAGAAAAGCAUUUCAUGAACUGAGGUGUGUGAGGGCUCCCCUGUCCUCCCUCCUUGUCCCAGCCAUCUCCAGCGUCCUCCAAGGAGAGGUUAUAAAGCCCACCAAUUCCUUACCCCUAAUCCUAAGAGUCAGUCCUCAGGUAUCUAUCUCACCCACCCCAGCCUUUGGCAGAGGAAGCAUGGUGUGGACAAGGUGGAGAAAAGCUUAGCAGUAAGGGGACAGGUGGUCUUAGCUUUGUUGGUAACCUGCUCUCUGGGUCUGUUUCCUUCCUGUACAAGUUACUUAGAUAAUACAAAGGCUUGGAGCAAGUGUUCCCUAAGGUUUCCUCUUCCAGCUCUAAAAUUCCAUUAUUCCAUCCCCUGUCCAGCCAACCCUGGCUUGGUGACUUCUGAACCGAAUGUUUUCCCAGGCUCCGUUAGAACCCUUCACAGUUCUGUAGGCGAGUAGUUAUUUUUUAUGGCUCUCUAGGGUCAGCUCCUCAAGGAACAGCUGUUGCCUGCCUUAAAGCCUCCAGGUGUCCUUCAUGUACAUGUGAGCACAUGCAUGAACCCCUAGGAACUUCAGUUUCCUGGAUAAGCAGCAGCUUCCUCUUCUUCCUUCCCCUGUCGUCAGGCUCUCAUAGUUCCAAAAGAUGAUAAGAGUAAGUCUGCUGAGCCGAACCCUCCAGGGUAGGGCAGGAACCUCAAGUUUGCUGGGAGGAAAAAUAGGGCAAAACUUCCUGCUUCCCCAGUAUCAGAAAAAGUUGAAGCCAUUGAUUUCUAGCUUGCCUCAAAGGGAAAUAUUGCCAAAUAAAUGUGUCUUGGUUUUGGGUUUUUUUGGAGGGGAGAGGGCAGGGCAAUUGGGGUUAGGUGACAUGCCCAAGGUCAUACAGCUAGUAAGGGUGUCGAACGCCUGAGGCCGCAUUUGAACUCAGGUCCUCCUGACUCCAGGGCCAGUGCUCUACUCACUGCCCCUCCAAAUAAGUGAAUCUGGGAUUUGAGAGGGAUUCACAAGUCUUCUAGUUUAACCCACAUGUGAAGACGAUUUUGAUCUACCUGUGGUCCACUUUACUUUGGGACAGCUCUAACCUUUAGGAGAGCACUUCAAAUACUUGAAACCAGCUGUCAUCAAGCAUGCUUCAAGCUAAACAACUCAUCCACACAUGCCAUGAUUUUGGGACCCUUCACCAUCAAAGUGGGGCAGCUAGUGAUGCAGUAGAUAUGGGGACAAGCCUGGAAUCAAGAAGACUCAUUUUCCCAAGUUCAAAUCUGACCUCAGACACUUAUUAGCUGUGUGACCCUAGGCAAGUCACUUAACUAUUUGCCUCAGUUUCCUCAUCUGUAAAAUAAAGUGGAGAAGGAACUGGCAAACCACUCCAGUAUCUUUGCUAAGAAAAACCCAAAUGGGGUGAGUGGGACAUGACUGAAAAACCAUCAAAGUUGCCCUCUUCUGGAUACUCUCCAGCUUAUCACUGUACUCCCUGAAAUGUGGCAUUCAGAAUAGAACUUGAUCCUCCAAAUGCAGCCUUAGCACGGUCAGGUAUAAGACUAUUGCUUCUUUCAAUGCUGCUUAGGAUUACAUUACAUUUUUUGGCUGCUAUAUAUCACAUUCUUGACUUGUUGAGCUCAAUGCACUAAGACCCUUAGAUCUCUUUUCAGAUGAACUUUUGUCUAGCCAUACCAUCUGUAUCUUGCACUUACGAAGUUAGUUUUCCGAAUCCAAAAGUGAGAAUUUACGUUUAUCCCUAUUAAAUUUUAUCCAAUUAGAUCUGGCUCAAAAAUCUAGCAUGUCAGAACCUUUUUGGAUCUGAUAUUAUCAUCCAACAUGUUAGCUAUCUUGUUAGCUUUCUGACGGAAGGCCAAGACAGUGUUGGCUACACUAGUGCACGUCUAUAUAAUUGGAGUCCUCUAUCACUAUGCCAGGCUUGGGAUGUUUCCAAAAUUUCUCAUUUCCUUUCUGUCCAGAAAAGAUGUUGCAAUGACAAUAUUGGUUCUGUUUCUGUCUCUGGUGAUCUUUAUGCAAAUGUUCUCCACCAUGUUUUCUUCUUCCAAUUCCUGGAUUUUUAAAAAUAGGUAUAUAUUGUAGUAUACAACGCUACUCCUUAUCUACCCUCUCCCCCCUCCCCUUUUGCCCACCCUGUUCCUCUGGAAUCUCUCCAAAGGCAGUCAUGGGUUUCAUCCCACCAGGUCUCAGUGAUUUGACCUAUGGUCGAAUUUUGUUUCCUUGUAUUGUUAUCACUAACCUCGUCUUUGCCCCCCAAAUUUUGGGUGUACAAAAGCGUAUGUAUCUAAGCCCACAGAUUUUUAUUGCUAUUCCUUUUUUGGAUCUUACCUCUUGUGAAUUUCUGGGUAUCUCUAUUGCUAUUAUUGAUAAUUAGGGGGUUUUCUCCAACUUUUUUUUCUUUUUCAUUUAACUUUCUUUUGAGAGGGAGCAGCAUGGGGUAGUGCAAAGUAUCAGACAGUCCUGCAGCCCAACACUCCUCCAAACCAGAUGAAAAUGUAAUUGGGAAAUAUUUAACAAAAUAAAAAUACAACAGAACACACAUAA